CUUUCCCCUUUUGCGAACUACUAUACAUCUAGAAACACUUUACUCCUGGAGAUACCAUUCGAUCGGCCUAAUCCAGAUCACAGCUAUAAGCUUUAUCCUGCGACAAUCGCACCAGUAUCAGAACCGCCAGCAUGAUGUUCCUUCCCUCUCUCCGCGCUUCUUCCUCACGCCUCGCCCAGCCCCGUCUCUUUUCCACCACCUCCCGGGUGCUGCAAAAAGCUCCUUUGGCUGCUUCUCCUGAAGCGGCUACACCCGAAGAGCUCCUCGGCAAGAUUGGCCGUAAUGCCGACAAGAAACUUACGCCCUUUGCCGAAUCAUGGGAUAAAUUAAAUGAGGUGUGGCUCAAGACUAAGAAGAUGAACGAUUUGGGGCUUGCUACCAAGGAAAAAAGAUAUAUUCUUUGGGCAUUCUCAAGGUACUCCCAAGGAAGUCCCCCUUCAGCAUUCAUCCGUCCGCCUAAGCCGCCAAAGAAGUUUAGAGGAUGGGGUCCCAAGAUACAGCACGGUGUUCGGGUUAGGGAUUAGGUUGUUAUGAAUGCAUAGUUUCUCUCUUCC